GAGGAGAGCUUUCCCAGAGGCGCCACUGCCCUCAGAUCAAGGUCACCACUGCUGAGCUCCAUGGCUUGGGCCUCCAGCUUUGAUGCAUUCUUUAAGAAUUUUAAGAGGGAAAGCCAAAUCCUCUCUGAAGAAAACAUCAUCUUGAUUAAAUCCUACACUGAGACAAACAACCUCCAGAAAGCCCUUUCUGUAAUCCACAAUGCACUGAGAGACAUUGAGAAUGCCCCCCUGAACAUCGCUGUGACAGGGGAGACAGGGACAGGGAAGUCCACGUUCAUCAAUGCCCUGAGAGGGGUGGGGCAGGAAGACAUAGGUGCAGCCCCCACCGGGGUGACAGAGACAACCUGGGAAAGAAUUCCGUACCUGCACCCAAAGCUUCCCCAGGUGACACUAUGGGACCUGCCUGGUAUUGGAUCUACUUCCUUCCCACCAGAAAACUACCUAACAGAAAUGAAGUUUGGUCGAUAUGACUUCUUCAUUAUCAUCUCGGCUACACGCUUCAAAGAAAAUGAUGCCCAGCUAGCCAAAGCCAUCACUAAGAUGAAGAUGAAUUUCUACUUUGUCCGAACCAAGAUAGAUAUUGACGUAGAUAAUGAACAGAAGAGUAAACCUAAGACUUUCAAUAAGGAGAAAGUCCUGAUGAAAAUCCGAGGUGACUGUUCAAGGCAUCUCCAGAAGGCUCUCUCCGGUGAGCCUCGAAUUUUCUUAGUCUCUAACUUUGAUGUGUCCGACUUUGACUUCCCAGAGCUGGAGACCACCCUACUGAGCGAGCUCCCAGCCCACAAGCGCCAUGUCUUCGUGCUGUUUUUGAACAGUGUUACUGAGGAAAUCAUUAACCUCAAGAGAGAUUCCCUGAAGCAGAAAGUCUUCCUAGAGGCCCUCAAAGCUGGAGUACUUGCCACCAUUCCACUUGGUGGCAUGAUCAUGGACGACAUAGAGAACCUGGAUGAAACGUUCGAUCUCUACAAGUCCUACUUUGGCCUGGAUGAUGCCUCACUGAGAAACAUUGCCAAGAAAUUUAACACACCUGUCAACACACUCAAGGCACGCCUUCGGUUUCCCCAUUUGUUCACACAGAUGAACAAUGAGUCCUUAGAGGACAAACUGCGGAAAUAUAUCCAUCACAUUUCCUCAGUUACUGGUGGUCCAGUUGCUGCUGGCAUUUAUUUCAAAAAGUCUUACUAUUUGCAGAAUCUCUUUAUUGAUGCUGCAGCAAAUGAUGCCAUAGCUCUUCUCAACAAGGAAGAUCUUUUAGAAAACAAGGUGGAACCAUAUAUAUCUAAGCCUCCCGAUUACUGGGAAUGAAGGGAAAAUGAGACACAAGUUCCAAUGAGUGUUUGCUUUUGGCCUUGCUUUGGACACUGAAACACAAUUUACACCUCAGAAACAAACCUUGACUUCUGUGUGUGGUAAUGCACACACCCGACCAAAGAGCAUGAGGGAGGAAGGUCUGCUUUGUCUCAGAAGCAGAGAACUGCAGGUCACUUUCCAGAGUUGGCAGGUGGCCCAAGCGGUGGGGUCCAUCCAAGCAGAAGGCUGUCUGGGAGACGACAGAGAAGCAGCAGACAGAGCUAGAGGACACGAGGCAGGGAAUCACAGUCCUGGGCACCAGACCCACUAACAGCCCUGCCCAAGGCUCCACAGUGUGAACUACAGGAGCCUGUGGAACUCAUUUCAGAUUCCAAACAUAAUACUCUUGUAUCCAUAGCUCAUUCUCUUUCUGAAAACCCAGACAUCCGUGGAGGAAUUGAUGCUGUAACUUGUAUCCAAACAGCUUGGAGCAAAAAGUCUCUCUUCUUUG